AUGCACAACCGGGACUCAGGCGCCUCUCCGGGAGCGGACCCAGGCUCGGAGACCCGGACGCUGGGACAGGCAGCUCGCCGACCACCCCCGCCACGCGCGGGCCGCGGCGUCCCUCGCAAGACCCGCCUGCCGCCCCAGGGACGCCCGAGCGGCGCCUCCCCGAGGCGGAUGCCUACCCGGGAGAGCCCCAAGACCCGCGGCUAUCGGGGGGAUCUGCAGACCCGCCCGCCUGGCCCUGGGCCCCCCCUGCAGCGACUGGUGCCUCCAGUCCAGGAAGCCAGCCCUCCCCGCGCUCUGUGCGAGCCUCAACCAGGAGCCCACAGGGCCAGACCCAAGAAGAUUGUGUUUGAGGAUGAGCUGCCCUCCCGGGCCCUCUUGGGCACCAAGAAGCCUAUUGAAGCCAUCCCUGGGGGGCGUAGGCCAAGGCCCCACCCAGUGCCCGACUAUGAGCUUAAGUACCCACAAGUGAGGAGUGAGAGGGAACGGAGCCGCUAUGUUGCAGUCUUCCAGGACCAGUACACAGAGUUCUUGGAGCUCCAGCAAGAGGUGGGCUGUGCCCGGGCAAAACUCCAACAGCUGGAGACCUUGCUGAACUCACUGCCGAGGCCCCGAAGCCAGAAGGAGGCCCAACUUGCCGCCCGAGUCUGGAGGGAAUUUAAGAAGAAACAGACGGACCCCAGCUUCCUGGACAAGCAGGCUCGCUGCCACUACCUGAAGGGCAAACUAAAGCACCUCAAGAUACAGAUCCAGAAAUUUGACGAGCAAGGAGACCAGAAGAGUUCCGUGUACUUCUGAGCGCCCCGGCAGACAGGCAGAGGGACACAUCGGGGUGGGGGGGCCGCCCUGCCCUUGCCUCUCUUCCUACCUCCUGGCC